AUGCCAAGGAAACAGCAGCGAGGCAGCGCGCAUGCGGGCAAGGGGAAAUCGAAGAACCUGGGGUUUGAGGAGGAGGUCACCGCGAACUUGACCGAUGUUCUCUGUACUUGGAUCCUCCUGGCUGGCAUGUCAUGCACUGUCAUCUGGAGCGAGUUUGCGAUUCCUCGCAUGUGCUCGAGGUCGUCGGGUGGCAAGUUCCUCACUUUCAGCUGCGAGGAGGGUGUUGUCUUCUCCUACAUCUUCUCCCUCGUCGCCAUCACCACCUACUUCCUCCCUCCUCACACCACCAACCCCAUGGAGCUGCUCUUCGUUCAGAUGCCUGUCAAGCGACGAGCGGUCAAGUUCGUGCUGCAGCUGGGAGCGGCAGCUGUGUUUGCAGCUGCUGUGAAGAGGAUUGGGGUAUCGCCAGUGGCGGAGGUUCAGUUCGCGGACAAGGUCUAUCGCGAUGCUCUCCCCAAGAUCAACCUCUGCACCCAUCCCACCGCCACCUCCUUCCAUCGCUCCAUCGUCAAGCCGGACGCGUGCGUGCCCGUGUGGCCCUCCCUCUCCUCCUCCGGCUUCUCCAUGGGUGCCGUACUCAACGAGGCCCUCCACACUCUCCUCCUCAACCUCGUCGCCAGCUUCGUCUGCCCCCGCGUCGGUUCCUUCCUCCCGUUCGCCGUUGCCACCUGUGUUGUCACCACCAUCCGCAGCCCCAUUGCCAACACCGGCCCCGCGCUCAAUAUGGUCCCUGCGGUCGCCUCUGCCUUCCUCCAUGGCGGCCUCGACGCCUUGCGCGUUCAUCUGCUGGGAACGCUGAUCGGGGUGAUGGGAGCCUACCUGCUGGAGAAGAGGUCGGGUAUCCUCGUCGGCUCCUUCCGCUCCGUCUGGUCCCUGCGGUCACAGCAGGAGAGCAGCGCGAGCAGCGCCAUGCAGGAGCUGCUCAAGGAGGAGAAGAGGACUCAGCCCUCCAACAAGAAGAAGGUCAAGACUACAUAA